AAGGAACGAGUGGUGACGGAUGUAGAUCACCACAAUUAUAUAACCCAGGUCGUGGUUGGCUAAUAUAGGCCCAUAAAUCCCGCGUCUUUGCGUUUCAAGGAAGAGAAACAUGGCGUCUUACGUGUAUGUUGGAGCUCUCCUAGUCGCUGUGGCGGCUGCUGAAAUAGGACUGCCAUGCAUGCAGCCCAAUGUAGUUGCACAGAAGACGAGGGAGUGUUUUGCCAGCUUGGGAUCGGAAAACUUGAUCAACCUCGACCCAACGAAGCAACCGGGGUCACUUGGCCAAAUAUCAAAUUUUUUCACCGGGUCACGUGUAUGCAGCCACGAGGACGACUUGGCAAGCGGCAUCAACUGCUUGUUUGACUUCUACGGAAACUGUCUGAACAUGAGAGGAAUGUUUGCAAGUUACCCUCAGAUUCAAAAGGCCUCAAGGUUCGCCUGUGAAAACAAAGAUGCACUGGCUGACUCUUGUCUGAAGGACGUGGACAAGGAGACUUUGGUUUGCUACAUGAAGAAGGUGCAGGAAAGGACUAUCAAGAUCAUCACAGGAGAGGUUCAGAGGAAGAGCACGGAGGAAGAGAUGUGCGGAUUUCUGAAAGAGGAGCUGAAAUGCAUGAAGGCGGCGCUGUCCGGCUGUCCGGCAUCGACAGGGAAUAGCUACUACUCCUUCGUUGAGAUGCUGAUGCCGACCAGAUGUCAACAUCUGACCCUCUACAACAUCCUGAAGGAUCGUCCCAGAGUGGACCUAGCUUCUACCCACAUGAAGUCGCCACGCUAAGUCACCACGAACACAAGCGAAGUUCAAGUGCACAUAAAGAUUUUUUAUAUCUGAAGAAAAGCCAAGUGAUCAAUAAUUCCUGUCCAGUGUUCUUUACAAACGUUUUUAUAUGUAUGUAGAACUGUUUUUUUGUAAUUAAAGCGACAAUAAAAUUCAUCAUUGUGA